GCGGGUGGGGUGGGGAGUGCAGGCCGGGGAGCCGGCUCCCCAGGGGCUGCCUGGCUCGUCCUGCUCUGCCUCCCCCCGGGCUGUGGCCCCGGGGACUGGGGGGGGCUGCUGGGCCGGGCAGGUGCCUCUGACUCUCUCUCCCCCCCCCUCGGCUCAGCGCAACCUGACCACGAGGCAGGAGCUGCAGGAGGAGGCGUCUGACCUGAGACAGAUCAAUGGGCAGAUCAGGUCCCGCUUCCUGCCGGAGAUGCAAACCCUGAACCGCAGCAUCCGAAUCCUGCAGGCGACGACCCCCCAGGUCCCGGCGCGGAUCAAUGACACGCUGCAGCGGAUCGAGGACGCUCAGACCUUCCUAGACACCAGGGCUGCGGAGAUCAUCAGCAACGAGAGCCGGGCCUUUCUGAACACGCUGCUGGGAUACUUCAAUUCCUACGUCGAUUGGGCGAAGAGCACGCUGACGGGAGAGGUGGGGCUCUGUGGGCCUGCGGCCAAGACAGUGGAUGUGGCUGUGACCGUCGCCUGCAGUUACGUGGUGGAUUCCCUGAAUGGCUUCUGGUUCAGCCUGGGUUGGUGCACUAUGUUCCUGCUCCCUGGCGUCAUCCUGGCCGUGCGGCUCGCCAAGUUCUACCGGCGCAUGAAGACCGCCGACGUCUACGAGAGCGACGGGGAAGCCCUGGAGAUGUCUCCGUCUGCGAUGCUGUUUAAAAUCCCCCGGGUGGAGACGAGGAAGUAGCAGGCGCCCCACCUGCACCCAAACUGGCCCCGGCCUCGAGCCCCCGCGGGGGGGCUGCUGCUGAAGGGAUCACGGGGCGGCCACCCACUGAUCUGAUUAGACACCUGGACUCCAUGGGCCGAAGCAGCCAAUCUGCCGUGCUGGCUCCACCAAGCCCCGCCUUCCCCCUCAUUUGUUCAGCCAAUCACAAGACUCCCCUGGGUGGGAGUCAUCCUGCUUCCCGCCCCCACGGCUAUGUCGUGGUACAUAGACCCUGCACUGCACCGCAAAUCCAGAGCCGAUCGGCUGGGAGAGAAGGGGGGGAAGAACCCAGUAGCCCCUCCCCCUACAAUCACCAUGGGGGUGUGCUGGGGCAUGGGAAUCCCGCUAUAGGGGCACGCCUCGUUGUGAUGGAGCAGCUGGGCACUGUCCGGCCCCACAGCACCGAGGGGCUGGGCGCAGGGGGUGGAGGGGACGGGGUACCCAAGCUCGAAGCAGUGAGGGGGUGGUGUCAAUACACCCCCAUGCCAGAGGGGCCCUGCGUGUGCAGCCGUGUACGCCCAGGCUCGUGCGAUGAGCCAUUUCAGCCGCCCCACCCUUCACCCACCGUGUCACAGCCCUGGCCGGGAGGGGUCCUGUGUGGGGUGGGCGCCUGUCUGUGUCCCCAGGCGCCCGUGUCCCAGACAAGCAGGCCUCAGCGCCCCCUCUCCCUCCCCGUCCUGCCCCCAGAGCACAGUGGGUGCCAGCUCAAAGUGGGGCCACUGGAGGCAAGUGCAGAACGUCCCGGCAGCCGUCGCUGGGCCUGACAUUAGCAGCCCCCGCUGUGCUCGGGGGGGCCCUGCUCUGCGGCUGGGGAGCAGAGCUCGCCCCGGGCCGGGUGCCCUGCGAUGAGGGGAUGGCCCUGCGCCCUCCUGCCUGCCCCUGGCUCUGUGCCAUGCCCUGGUCGGCGUGGGGGCCACGCUGCACAGACGAUGAGUAUUUAUUUUUGUACGAAGGGGAGUCGCUGGCGGCGCUGGCUGACACAGUGACGUGCUGUUGAACCAAUAAAGUG